UUCCGUGUACAUUCGUCCGAGGACUACAAGCAAUGGCUGGCUUCCUCUCCCCAGACGAGGCGGCCCAGAGCCAUGCCGACCUGGUCCGGAUCCCGAGCAUCGUCUUCUUCGCCGUCACGCCCAUCUUCGUCUUUAUCAGAUUCUGGAAUCGUAUUUCGAGGAGAACAGGGCUUGGCUGGGACGAUGGCACCAUUGCCGUGUCUUUUGUCUGUACCCUCUUGGUGCAAAUCUUCAUGAUGAUUUCUUGCAACUAUGGCUUUGGCAAACACAUUGCAUCGUUGUCAGUCAGUGACAAGCUAGCAGCCCUCAAGUGGUUCUACGUGGCACAAAUCUUCUACAAGCUGACCAUCAACCUGACGAAAAUGUCAAUUGUACUCUUGUAUCUACGAAUCUUUGUCCAGAGGUGGUUUCGAAUUGCCUGCUACAUCCUGCUUGGCAUCGUCACGGCGUAUGCCAUUGCUAGCACGGCAACUUCCAUUUGGCAGUGCACCCCCAUCCGAGGAGCUUGGGACAAGUCCGUCAAGCCAACAUGCAUCAGCUUGACCAUGAACUGGUACGCUAAUGCCGGCUACUCUAUUGCCACGGACGUUUUGAUCUUGUUGCUGCCCAUGCAGCCCAUCUGGGCGAGCAAGCUGCCCCUUGCUCAAAAGAGAGCUCUGAUGGUUGUCUUUGCUCUUGGUAGUUUCGUCACUGUGACAUCCAUCAUGCGAGCCACCACUCUCAACUUUUCGACUACCAGUCCCGAUACGACUUUCGAUAUCACCUCCACUCUGUGGACCAUCAUCGAAGAGAACGUUGCCAUUAUCUGUGCCUGUCUACCCAUGUGUCGCAUGGUUCUGGCCUUCCUCUUCCCCAAGAUCUUC